AUGGGUCUACCAGAGAAGAUCGAAACGCGUCUCUUUAUCAAUGGAGAAUUUGUCGAAUCAUCGAACGGAAAAACUUUUGACAUUAUCAAUCCAGCCACCUUGAAGCCUGUAGCAAAAGUACACGAGGCGUCUGAGCAAGACACCGACAAUGCCGUAGCAGCAGCAAAGGCUGCCUUUCCUGCUUGGUCUGAAUUGACUCCGGAGAAGAGAGGCUCGUAUUUCAAGAAAUUAGCAAGUCUAAUUCGAGAGAACAACGAUGAACUGGCUGCUUUGGAAGCAAGCUCGAUGGGCCGCCCGGUGGGUGAGUUUAUCGAUGCUUAUGCCUCUGCUGCAAAAUGGGACCGCUACGCAGAAGCGGGAUACAGUGUACAAGCAGGCACUACGAGCAUUCAGACCCCGGGAUUCGUCAACAUGACAUUCCGCCAACCUUAUGGUGUUGUAGCUGGUAUCAUCCCGUGGAACGUGCCAUUAUUGUUUUUGGCAAACAAAUUAGCACCAGCCCUUAUUGUCGGAAACACUGUUGUCUUGAAGAGUUCUGAAAAGGCUCCAUUGACCUCUGCUAAAAUUGCUACUUUGGUACAACAAGCUGGCUUCCCUCCAGGUGUGAUAAACAUCAUUACUGGCUUCGGGAAUGUCAGUGGUUCGAUCCUGAGUCAUCAUAUGGAUGUGCGAGCUUUGUCAUUUACAGGAUCGAGCCGUACAGGACGUCUGAUUCAAGCUGCUGCCGCAAAGUCCAACCUCAAGCAGGUAUUCCUUGAGCUCGGAGGCAAGUCACCUGCGGUCAUCUUUGAAGAUGCCGACCUGGAAAAAGCCGUGAAAGAAACAGCACAUAGCAUUCAGUGGAACAGCGGUCAGGUUUGCAUGGCCAAUUCGCGCAUAUACGUCCAGGAUACAGUUGCCGACAAGUAUAUCGACCUCUUCAAGCAGAACUUCGAGAAGGAGAUCAAGAUGGGUGACACCCUGGAGAAAGGCGUCAACCACGGCCCGCAAGCCGACGAGGCGCAACACAAGACCGUAUUGGCAUAUCUGGAAUCGGGAAAGCAAUCUGGCGGUGAACUCAUCACUGGUGGCGGCGCUCCAUCGGGUCGCGAGGGCUACUAUAUCGAGCCUACUAUCUUCAAGAACACACCAGAAGACGCAAAGAUCAUGAAGGAAGAGAUCUUUGGUCCAGUCGUCAACAUCAACGUCUUCAAAUCCGAAUAUGAAGUACUUACCAAAGCUAACGCGACAGAGUAUGGGCUGUAUGCAUCGGUGUACACUAAGGACAUCGAUCGUGCAAUGCGCUUCGCUAAAGGCUUAGAAGCUGGUACCGUUGGCGUCAAUUGUACUUCGCCAGUCACUGGCGUCGACAUGCCUUUCGGUGGAUACAAAUCAUCAGGAUCAGGACGUGAGGGCGACCCUUUAUAUUCUCUGGACAACUUUCUGGAGACAAAGAUACUCCGCCGCCGCCCCGCCGCCACGAGCUUCGGCGCCCCCAUCCAGCAGAGCACCGAACGCCCAUCGAUCCCGGGACCAUGUCGUUACUGUGCGCGCACAGGCGCUGUGUGUACUAUUGCUACCCCAAGAAGGAAAAGACCUUAUUACCAUGUUACCGAAGAAGAAUACCAAUGUUCGAUGCGCAUUCUCGAACACUUCUUCCCUGGUCAUGAGCUUAACCUGCAGUCCCUCAGAACCAUUGCUAAAGCGAUCAAGGACGGUACCUUUAAUGCAGAGCCCGUCCAGCAUACCGAAGGCCUCUUCAGUAGUGAUCAGGCAUCACCUGAAGAUGCAGAGAGCGUUGAAGAUGGUGAAGAACAAGACGUGAACGAAUUGCAUGAGCCAUUGGGCUGCAUGCUGAAAGAUUCAAGAGGGAAAUUUCGUUACGUCGGCGCUCAUAGUGAAAUCCCCUUCAACGCGGCUGUCGCUACCUUGGGCAUGCAAAGGAAAGACCCUUCUAUUAUUCCCGGGCCCAAAGUAGGGUCAUAUCCGCCGAACCUACCAGUUGCCUCGCCUUCUACAGACUCCGGCGCAGAAGAGAGCUACUACCUACCUGGUCGGGAAUUGUGUGAUAUCUAUAUUUCUCGAUUUUUAGAGGAUGUCCAUUGCACGUACUGGCUGUAUCCGGUCGAAAGUCUGCUGCGACGGGUGGAUAGCACAUACUCAGAGUCAGCACCACGCUCGUCCAGCUCCUGGAUGUGUUGUCUUUACACCAUGUUCGCGAUUGGUGCAGCCAACUACGUAGGCAGCAACGGCAACUCUCCCCCACCAGACUGGCCAGCUGCGUUGGACCUGAAGACUUCAGAGGACUAUAUUACACUUGCAAAGCAACUUAUCCCCACAGUCUACGACGAGGCCGAUAUUGAUAGCAUACGUGCGAUGGCCAUGAUGAGUAUCGCUAUGGAGAACCUUUGCUCCAGAGUCAGUUCCUACCUCUACAUGGGUGCUAGCGUUCAGAUGGCGUUCUCCUUGGGUUUACAUCGUGACCAGUUGGCUGAGUCUGGAAACGCAAUGGAACGAGAACAAAAUCGCAGGAUUUGGUGGACAUUAUUUCAGCUUGAUCAGGAUAUAUCAUCGCGAGGUGGUAGUCCUACGGUCGUUGAUGAACGCUUCACAAAGAUCUUGUAUCCCGGACUACAUACGCCACUAUCCUGGAUGGCAACAUCAGUAUCCCUCUGUCGAUUGAAGCGCGAGAUUAUACAAUCAGUCUACAUGGAACGCUCGGCAAACUCUAUAUCCUUCUCAACCGUGUCCAACUCCCUUUUACUCCUGCAAAAGUGGUAUCGCCAGAUGCCGCCGCAUCUCAAGCACGACGUACCUUCACCUCCAACGCACAGACGCGCGGUAGCAGUUUUACACCUAUAUUACUGGAGUACCACGAUAUUGCUUACACGGCCAUUUCUUCUAUACCUUGUUAUAAAGCACGGGACGCUAGCUUCGAGCAAGAAAAUCUGGUUCGAGCGCAUGGGCAAGAUGUGCAUCGACGCAGCACAGAAGAGCACUACAAUACUGGAGCAAAUGGCGAGUGAUGGUACGUUAUCGAGUCUGACGGCCUUUGAUAGCACGUGCAUCCUACGGCUCAUCAUGAUCUUUAUACUCGCCUACGCGCAUACGAGAACCCCACGGUACAGCACGCAUAUCGAGAAGCUUGUCGAGCUUUCACGUGGCAUGGAACAGAUUGGGUUCACCAAGAUGGUCACAGAGGAAACACCACUACGUCUUGCCGAGCUUGGCAUAACAGGACAAGCCCAACAGAACAAUAACAACGGCAACGGAGAUUCGGGGCCAGUACAUCUCGACGAAAUGAUUGCACAAUUAUGGGGUAACUGGGAUCCUAACUUUAUGACGCCGCUACAAACACAGCAAAGCCUCGACCUGAGAUUCGAUGACUCCGGCGCUUACGACAUCAACUCUGAACUAUUGGCUUUCACAAAUCUGGACGACUCGAUUGUCAUUGACCCAUCGCAUGCAUACUCACAUUAUGGCAUGCAUUGA